UUUCUUUUCGCCACCCUUUUUGCUGAGCAGAAUGUUGGUUGGCUUGUGUGGUGGCAUAUGCUCCGGCAAACACGCUAUUGCAGAGUUUUUGAUUCAACAACAAGGAUUCCAAUUGCUGGAACUCAGCAACAAAAGCUACCCCCAGAUAGCCAAUGACUCAGACGAUGACCUUCGGCUCCAAGCCUCAGAGAUUAGAAAGAGAGGCAUUGCUCAUUCGCCAGAGUUUGUGUUUGAGAAUGUCGAAUUGCUUGUGGAUUUUGUCACCAAAAGAUGGCAAGAAUGUUGGGUCACCACGGAUAUUUGGGAUGGCGCUACACUAGAUCGCCUCCUUCAACGUCCUUUCUUUCUUCUCGUGAGUGUUGACGCGCCCGUCAGUCUUAGAUGGAAGCGAUUUACAGAUAGAUGCUGGAGGAGACAGCUUGAUCCCCCAGCGUUGGAGCAAUUUGUUCUAUGGAAUGAUCGACAUUUAUAUGACCGAAGAAUUGGACGUGCUUACCUUACUGACCAAGCUCAAGUCAAGCUGUUCAAUUCAUCCUCUUCCUUGGAAGAGCUGCAUUCUGCGCUCAAAGCACUUAACCUAGCUGAUGAACAGCGCUUACGGCCAAAUUGGGACCAGUAUUUCAUGCAACUGGCAUCCCUUGCUGCUCAAAGGAGCAAUUGUAUGAAGAGAAGAGUGGGCUGUGUCCUUGUACGGGAACGUCGUGUCAUUAGCACAGGAUACAACGGAACCCCACGACACCUCAAAAACUGUAAUGAAGGUGGAUGUCCAAGAUGUAAUAGUGGCGAGGGAGGAGGUGCUGGCCUAUCAACCUGCCUUUGUAUUCACGCCGAGGAAAAUGCAUUACUAGAGGCUGGAAGGGAACGUAUACGAGAAGGCGCAAUUCUUUAUUGUGAUACAUGUCCCUGCCUAACAUGCACCGUCAAGAUCGCCCAAGUUGGUAUUUCUGAAGUUGUCUACUCGCAAGGUUACAAUAUGGACCGAGACAGUGCUGCAAUCCUAGAAGCUGCUGGUAUACGCCUUAGACGGUUUUCUCCCCCUCGAAACGGACUCAUUUAUCUCCAGAGUCAGGAGAACACAGAGCCCUUUGAUAUAGAGGCCGAAUGAUAUAGCUAUAUAUUUUCUAGAAAGAACUAUAGAUCACGUAUGUAUAUUUUCUCUCUACUCUUCCAUUUUGAUCAUUCAACCAAGGAGACAUUUGUAUUAAGGCGGUGCAUUGAAUUUUGACCAAACGUGAUGGCUAUUUGGAGGAACCUGUUCGUGUGUGAGAUAUGGAUUUUCUUCUCGGGUAUGUAUGUACUUGAGGCGUGUUGGAGGUCAGCUAUCUAGCCACUGGGCACCAGUUACCUACAGGCGAUGUAAUCAUUACAUAAGAAGUGGACAACCAAAGGAGUACACCUAUACAUACCUAAUAACUAACUGGAUAGAUAACUACCUAGUUAUUAUUGAACCACUCUUAGAUAGUAGUACGUGACUGGAAAGCGUAAAUCAUUGGGAGGAAAAACAAAUAUCACCCCU